AUGUCGAAAAUGAACCAGGUACGAGCACAUGCACAUACUGAAGAAGAUGUGGGAAAGAGAGUCGAAGUCGCCCCUAACGAAGGAGACGAAGGCGCGACAGCGGAGAAGAACGCAGAUGACCUAGAAGAUAAGAAUGGCAAAUUAGACAGGGGGCCGGCAUCGAAUGUGGACCAACAGGAAAGAGGAGAGGACAGCAAGGCAGCAGAAACAGAGCUUCGACACGAGGAGAGAGACCAAUAUGUGAGGAAGGGAACUGGCGUUGACGAAAACGGGGGCGAACACAACAGCCGAACAGCAGCGAGCCAUUCCACACACGGCGAGAUUAACUGUGACGUAAAGGCAGGAGAUCUUCCUAGUGUUACCGAGGAUAAAGCCAGACACAGCAGGUCAGCCGAAACGCACGACACCACGGUGUCAAGGGCUGGAGAAGACACAGAAAAGAUAGUCGUGUGUGGUGAACUCGAACCGAGGGACAGGGGUAACGCACAAGAAGGGGACGGAGGAAACGAGGAUGGAUGUAGGAGGGAAAGCUUCGAAGAAUUGCAACAAGGGCGGUGGAAGGGUCUUUCACCGGUUGAGACGGAAACUGGCGUUCGAGAGAUGCCAUAUUUAUUUGGAGUUGUUGAGAGCAACAGCGGCAAAAAACGAUGGGCUUCGUCAGCAGAAAAGCUCAAUGAGGAUGACUUCCCUGGUCCGGUUCCUCCUCUACCCUCGUACAAGGCCACCUCUUUCUGCGUUUCAACCGUUCCCAGUUUUCCUUAUCUUCUGGAGGAAGAAGUGGAAACAAGGGAACUAGGAGAGAAAGAACCAGAAGGGGAACAUCGUGGACGAAGCAAGAGAGAAUUUCAAAUACGGGGAACACAAGUCAAUCAAAAGAUUGGAGAUGAACAGACCUGGCAACAAGAUCAAACCGAGGUGCAAGUGCUCAACAACAAAAAAGCCACUGACGGAGGAGACGAGAAGAUUAAUGAUUUUGACAGCAAGGAAGAAUACUUGGACGCAACAGACGGACGAGGCUUCGUCCACGUGGUGGAGGCGGUGAAGUCCAUCUCGGCAUCGUCGUCUCAGCCUUCAACGUCUGUGGGAUUCCUAAUGGAGAAUCAGGAACAAGAGCGUUCUUGUGGCACAAUUAAGAGGGGGAGAGAGCGAGGUCGUCAGCUGUGUAGCGAAUUUCACUCCCCAUCUGGGGGGGCGGUCCCUGCUUUUUGUCGUUUCGUUCCUCCCUCGACAGGACCAUCUCUAUCUUUCAUAGAAAAACAGUCAUAUUUCGCGAAGGAAAGCGCCACAUUCCGUUCGCUGUCUCGUCGUUGGACGUGGCCAGACUCUUCCUUUCCUUGGCCUAUUUUAGGUCGUGCUUCUCAUCCCCGUUCUGCUUCAGCUUCAACGUUUAUAUGGAGGCCUCCUUCUUCCCCAUCCAGUAAGGGCCCUCCUUUACCUGAAAGGAUGGCCAUGGCCUCUUCUCUUGCUUUUGGCGUCCGACGUUUGGAAAGGCCACCUCAAUCCUCUGCUUGCGGUGCAGAGCUUUCUCUCGACCGUGAUGUGUCCGGAAACAGAAAAAGGUGGUUGCGCUCCUGCACAAUAGGUGAAGGAAUGGACCGCGGCACAUCACGUUGUGGGUGGAGCGUAGACGAUCCGACACGGAAUCUGAGUUUCUUGAAAGUGAAAGAAAGGGUAUGGCCUCCGACCACACGACAGCUGGGACACCCGUCGAGGAAGUCUGUCCCUCUUCAGUUAGAGACUUAUUCUUCUUUCAUCCAAAGCAAGAGUGCGCCUCGGAUACCUUCUUGUCCUUCGUCGUUCAUCGGCAAAAGCAAGGAAGCCAGUUCCACGCCAUCGAAGCUAUUCAAAAGUCCUGGCCCGCUGCUGCCUCUUCCGAAGUACCAGGCCACUAACGAAUUGCUUGAUUUUGACAGAAAAGAAAAAGAGGUGGAGUUUUGUAUAAGGAGGAGAGAAGGUAGAGGUGGAAUGCAGACUCAGCAGCUUGACGAGAAGAAAGGGGGGGAAGACGGGGAAGGACAACGACCCACAAAGACGUCUUGUGAACUUCAGGUGCACCACGUAACCGAACGGGGGGAUACUCGAAAGAAGCACUCCAUGUACUGGCGAGCAAGAUGCCAUGGCACGUAUGGACCGGCAGGUGAUUGCAAAAACACACAGAGAGAUGACCCAAACUCUACAGGAGUGGAAGGACCUCAAGCGCCGAAGGGAAGUAUCGUGCUGCAUCAGGCGGGUCUUGCCCAAACAAAUCGGAGGGAAACUGAAGACGAACGCAAGGCAAGAGGACUCCGGAGCAAUAACGCAGGGCACAUGGCCAGCUGCAAGGAGACAAGCUGGUUGGGAAUGAAGGUCCUCAUAGCAAAUCGCGCGAUAUCGGAAACCAGUAUCACCGAUGCGAUGGAACGCCGCAGCCAGUCUCGAGGAGGCAGCGGCCUCUGUGAGAGCAUGAACGGAGAGAAGGAAUGCCGGAGCGUGAGACACCAGCAGAGCUUGACCCAAUCAUUCUCCCAAUCCUCAGAAAAGUAUCAUAUUCACCUAAACACUUCUUCCGCACAUCCGGAGACGAAAGCAAGUGAGACCAUAGGAAAGAAAGAGAGAGGUUCCUUUGAUCCUUUCUUCGCCAGUCAUCCUUUUACUUCCUCUUCGACAUCUGUGUUAUUCCCGUGUUCUUGCCGCGACGCUUCUGCUCCUACCCCAGGUGGAAGAAGAGAGGAAGUAAAUCACAAAGGACACAGUUGCGAAAACGAGAACUGGGAGAGCGCCGUGCGUAUAGAUGAGGCACAGGCCUUAGCCUCCAAAGUCCAUGGGCUCAAAAGGGGGCGAUCCCCGGGACUCCACAGCGCUGCAUCGAAACUGACAGUGAGAAAACUCUCGCAUUCCCGUUUUGCGUGCUUCUCUUCCUCACCUUCACCUUCUUCCUGUCGCCCGAGGCGUGAACCUAAAUACUUUCAGCGGGGAGGGCAAUGGAAAAAAGCCACUUCGGCUGCCGUCACCGAAAGGGCGGAAGAGAAAAACAGGAUCUUUAUCGUCGAGGAGAAGAAGCAGGAAAAGGCUGUGCGCGAACAAGAAGUGCAGACGGAGGACGUCUGCAUGUUUUAUGGUGGAAAAAAGGAGGAAGCCGACUCCACAGAGGAGAUGCUUCAUCAAGUCUCUUUUCCGCGUCGGUAUGCAGUGUCGUUAAAAAAGCACAGAAACGUUUAUCUGAAAAAGCAGAGUGCCCUUCUGGCUCGUCGUGUCAGGGUAGGCCAGACAUUGAAGUCAUCCUCACGGAAUCGAGCAGAUCUGUACGCGCCUCCGACGUCGCAGAGUAUUUUAAUCGAGCUGUGGAAUCAGGCGCUAGACAGAGUGGAAGUAGACAACAGGAAGCGGGAAGAGCACGACACAGAGCGCAAAGAAAACGGCAAGACGGAGACAGGCGGAGAGGCAGCAGUUUGUUUUGGAACGGCCGCGACAGCUUCCAAAACAACGACCUCUUUGAACAGCCAUUUGGUUUCCCAGUCGAUUCCGUUCUUGCCCAACACUGCCUCACUCAUUCUUCAGGUAGGGAGGGACGGUAGAAUAAUUCGGGUAGGGGAGGGAGGCAGGAGAGUAUCCUCAUAUAGCCGAGAGCCACGAGCGACAUCAGACGGGAAAGCAGAUUCAAUUGCAAGUAUUCCGAGUCAGGGAAAGAAGUGGACAGACGAAGAAGAAAGAACGGGUGUGAAAGAAUUUGAAGAGGGAUGGGAGGCAUUCGGGAUUGGAGAGGCCCUCUGGGAGAGCAAUAGCAGUGGACCGGAUCGGGGCUCUUGGAUACGGAUAGGGAAAGCAAGGACAGAAAAGCGGGCUGUGUCCCUUACCUUUUCUUCUCGACGGCCCACUCAAAGGAACCCGUCUAUCUCAGAAUGUCGAUGCAGCAGAUCUACAUCAAUCCGUUCUUCUUUCUUCUCUCGCUCACGUGGCGACACCGGCACAGAAAUUGACACAAAGACAGGGCAUGGGAAAAAAUUUCGAGCGGACGAAAAGGGCGAGAUGGAAGAGAGUAAGGAGACACAAAAGCAGAGCACUGGACGGGGGAGCGGAAACUCAAGGACGGACGACGCCCACAUAGAGUAUACAGAACAAAUGGGAAACAUGACGCACCAGGAGUGCGUGGAAUGUUCGAACCUCUCUAAAACGGCAUCUGCGAAGAAGGCUAACAUGAAGGAGGAAACAGAGGGGCAAAUGGAAAACGCCAAGAAGAAGAAUGUUGCCAAACGACGGAAACUGAGACGGUCAGCGAGAGCGCGUGAGAUAGAAGCAGCAAGAGGUCUGGAGGGCAAAGGAAAAGACAGUGUCGAGGCAGAACGAGGCAGCAGACAAAAGCUGAUGGCAUGCGUCAGAAAAGUGAGCUCACCUCCCGCUAUAACAUCCCGAUCACACUUGAUCGUUCAGUUCUACGGGGUCCUUAGGUACUGCCUAGUAGCAGUUUCCAUAACGCUCAGAUCCAUGCAAAUAAACCGCCGUUGCUUUCACCCGAAGGAUUUUUUUGUCAUUCCCAAAAAGUUGGACCGCCCUUUCGCUUUCGUCGGGCUCCUAGAUGCGAAAGAAACUCAGACACUGGAAGCAGAAGGAACCCCAGUGACGGUGGAGAUGGCCCCUUCACCCUCUCCCUCAAAUCGGCUCCUCACCAAUGCCCCACCUAGUGAAGAAGACACCUCUGACAGCCGUUCCACGUCCAGUGGAGAGCGAACAGCAGCCUCAUCUUCCGACAGUCUGAAGGGUUUGCUGGAGCUAUGGCUCGAAGAAGGAGACAAGAUUGCAAGAGAGGCCCGCCCUCCAAAGGACGCCUCAGAAUCUCCAGCUUCUCGCUCCAUUCCGUCGCCGGCGUCCUGCUAUGGGCUCCAUUUGAGAAGGCGACAUGAACCCCGACAGCUCUGCUGUCCACCGGGACACGGCGAGCAAAAUGGGUUGCCGGCAAGGCCCCCAGGAAGAGAGCUGCAACACUGGGAGGGACAAACGCUCUUCGCUGUUCCGCAUUUUGCAGGGGAAGGGGGAACGCCAGAAGCCGGAGGACACGGACAAGGGGAAGAAGCACAAGGCCGAGGAGAUGGAGAGGUGGGAUCUGGGGUGUGUGCGCCUGCUGUACUGGCUGUCUCCGUGGUUCACGUCAACAACUUCGUGUCCGUUGCAGACAGGAAUCACGGCGGACAGGAGGUUGCGCAAAGACAUAGGUCACAAGGGGAAGAAGCACAUAAGGUAGAACAGGUCUUUUCGCCAUCGGGGUGCUCCUCACCUUCCUGCGUGACUUCCGCCUCCGCAGUGAAUCCAGGAGUCAAGCAGCAGGCGAAGGACGAGGAGACCAACGAAGAGCAGCCUCCCAUCUUUAGUCAACCGAGAGAGGGAGAGUAUAUAUACGCCCAUCCCCCUCUCGAGAAAGCACCGACUUCCAGUUUCUCCUAUGCUUGCUCUCCUGUGCGGCCACGGGGACGGGAAGGGAACGCGCUGAAGCAAACUGGGUGGAGGUCUGGUCUUUGUGACCAGGACUCAACUACACGGCUUUCGUCGUGUGGGACCGUUUUUUCUUCAAAGGCAGACGCUAUGAGGGCUUCCGCUGACAGUGAGCAAGAGCUGAGGCAGAGCCUAUCUCAGUUCUGGGCAGAAGCGAAGAAACUAGAGGCAAGUUUCGACCGAAUCGACAGACUGAGAUUCGCCCUGGAGAGGCUCCAGUCCGACAGGGAGCAAAGACAGUACCGGAUGGCCUAUCAUGAAGAAGCUGCGUUGAGACCACCGAUGCGGAAGGUACAGUUCAGCGCUCAGUUUCAGUCAAGGCGCAGAUCCAUCUCCAGCGAGGAAGAGAGCUCUGAAGGCGAAGAACCGUGGCUGUGGCAAGAGGAACCAAACGGAGGACGAGUUCUUUGGAGGAAGGCGAAAGCUUUCAUCACUCGCCUCCAUCCUGCGCAAUGGUGUGAAUACAUGAUGGCCAAAUUGCACGCGGCGAGACACAGCGACUGGGAGACAAACGACGGCGCCUGGAGUUGGGAUGCUUCGCCGUCCCGUCCGCGCUUCCGCCAGCGAGCCAAGACCUUCCUACACCGUCACUUACUGGUCUAA